AUGGUGUCCCCGGUGCCACCAGAGGCGGAAAGGCGGAAGUUUGAGGAGCUCCGGGUGUGGCCGGGGGGGCGGGGCCAGCCCCGGGUGUGGCACCUGCGUCACCUCUGUCCCCACAUUUCUGCCCCUGCCGGCCACGGCCACCACAGAGCCACCGCGGGUGGGGACUGGGAGCACUGGGAGCACUGGGAGCUGCACCUGGACACCACUGGGAGCCACUGGGAGCCACUGGGAGUGACUGGGAGCCACUGGGACACCACUGGGAGUUACUGGGAGCUGCACCUGGGAGCCACUGGGAGCCACUGGGAGCCACCCUCCACCAUGAAGCUCCCGCCGCUCUCCCGCCUCCUGGCCCUGCCGGUAGCCGCAGCCCUGGCCCUGCUGGCCCUGCACUCCCGCCCCUCCCCACACCCUCCCAUCACCGCCACCACCACCCCCGGCACAACCCCGCGCCCCAACAACGCCACGGCACCCACCCGCCACCCCCUCCAACCCCCGUACCCCCACCCCUACCGCUUCCUCCUCAACCACCCCGACAAGUGCCGGGGCCGGACGCCGUUCCUGGUGCUGCUGGUGGUCACGUCCCCGGCCGACCUGGCCGCCCGCGACGCCGUGCGCCGCACCUGGGGCAACGAGAGCGCGGUGCCGGGGCUGGAGGUGCUGCGGCUCUUCCUGCUGGGAGUUCACCCGGCCUUCGGCGAGGAGCUGCGGCCGGUGCUGCGCGAGGAGGACGAGCUGCACCGCGACCUGCUCCAGCAGGAUUUCCUCGACACCUACAACAACCUGACGCUCAAGACGCUGAUGGGCUUGGAGUGGGUGAGCCGCUUCUGUCCCAACGCCAGCUACGUGAUGAAGGCCGACCACGACGUCUUCCUCAACCUGGAGUUCCUGGCGGGAUUGUUGAGGCCGGCCAGGAGUAAUUUCCUCACGGGUUACGUCUACCGGCGCACCGGGCCGCUGCGGAACCGCGCUUACAAGUGGUUUGUGCCGCGGGAGGUUUACCCCAACGACACCUACCCGCCCUACUGCGGCGGGCCCGGCUACGUCCUCUCGGGGGACCUGGCCCUGCGCGUCUUCGGCGCGGCGCAGACGCUGCCGCUCAUCAACAUGGAGGACGCCUUCGUGGGGAUCUGCCUGCACGCGCUGGGCGUGGCGGUCACCGAUCCGCCGCCGGGAGCGUUCCUCAUGUACCGGCUGGAGUACGAGCGCUGCCGGUUCCGCCGGCUGGUGAUGGUUCAUCACUACGGGCCCGGGGAGCUGCUGCGGAUCUGGCCGCACUUCAGCCGGGGCCGGGAGGAGUGUCCCUAGGGCUGGGAGGGCUGGGAUCUGCUGCUGCUGGGAUCCCGGGAUCCACUGGCUCUCGCUGGGA